AUGAAGACGCUCCUGGAGACGCUCGAUCAGGAUCCCUGGGGGCGCCCCUACCAGACGGCAUAUAACCAGCGUCUAAAUCAAUCAUGCGAAUGCGGCAUAGAAGGGAAGAAUCGUCGUAUAGUCGGUGGUUCGACGGUCCAGCCUCAUCAGUAUCCGUGGUUGGUAGCUUUGAUGUUGGGACCGAAGCUUCACUGCGGAGGAGCUAUCAUCACCGACAUACAUGUGCUGAGCGCUGGACAUUGUAUUACAUUUGGAGUACAUUACCGUGACCUUAACGUGUUUGUGGGUAUGCACGAUCGCUUGGACAACAACCGUGAUGAGUUACGUAUCAAAAAGGCUAUCAAACAUCCUAGUUUUACUUCGAAUGCAGUUAGAGACAUCAAUGACGUGGCGAUACUAACGCUUUACAAACGUCUAACGUUUUCAGAAAAAGUUCGUCCCAUAUGUUUGGCUACGGAAGAAAUGGAUUUCAAAAAUACACCUAUGACUGUGGCUGGGUGGGGAAAGACAAGACAAGGAGCUCUGGCAUCCUCCAGAUAUUUGCUUGAGGCUAAAGUACAUUACGUAGAGUAUGAAAAUUGUAGAAAAUCCUCAAUUUACAAAAACAAUCUCGUCAGUGAUACCAUGAUGUGUGCUUACACUAAAGGGAAAGACGCGUGUCAGGGAGAUAGCGGGGGACCUUUGUUUGUAACUGAUCAAAAGCGUAAAAACCAUAAAUGGUACCAAGUUGAAUGUGGUAAGGCUUCGGGUUCCAUAGUAGAAAUGAGGAUUGUCGGCGGCCGAAGAGCGGUUCCACACUCCUUUCCGUGGACAGUGGCGAUCCUGAAGCAAAAGUUGCUGCACUGCGGUGGCGCUCUCAUCACAAAUGAGCAUGUACUCAGCGCGGGCCAUUGCUUCAAAUGGGAUGAACCCAAAAUUAUGAGGGUUUUGUUAGGACUGGAUCAUUUGGACAAUAUGACCGGAGUAGAAAUUCGCACGAUAUCGAACGUGAAGAUUCACGAACACUUUACUUCGACAGCUCUACGAGAUGAGCACGAUAUCGCCAUAGUAACAUUGAAUAAACCAGUUUUUUUCGGAGAUAACAUUAUACCGAUAUGCUUGCCGAGCCCAGGUGCAGAUUUUGCGAAUAGAAUGGGUACAAUAGUGGGCUGGGGUCGGGUGGGUGUGGACAAGUCAUCCUCGAGAACCCUUUUAAAGGCCUCACUACGGAUACUUUCACAAGAACAAUGCAUGAAAUCGGAAUUGAAAGAACAUCUCAAACCAACGAUGAUGUGCGCUUUCAGUAAAGGAAUAGACGGUUGCCAGGGAGACAGUGGCGGUCCGCUAGUAGUGUUAGAGCCAACAGAACGAUACGUGCAAGCGGGAAUAGUUUCUUGGGGCAUAGGAUGUGCUGAUCCAAGAUAUCCAGGUGUGUAUACAAAAGUAAGCGAUUAUGUGGACUGGAUUAAAGAACACUCUGAAGGAGCAUGGACAUGUGAUUAA